UCCCCUGCAAAAUCAUCGCAUUUGGCCCCAUUUUCCUUUGGCCUUUGGAAAUUUCGUAAGCGCUAACCGUAUUCGAAAGGCCCCCAGAUCUGUAGGUAUCCGAAUUAUAGGGCUGUCUGUACCCGCGAGCACCCUGCGCCUGCAUACUGGUGUCAGAUUCAGACUAGGGAUACUUCCUCAGUAGCGUACACUACGUGAGAUAUAACUAGUUUGGCCGGACUUCAUAGGCGUGUAUUCUGUGAAAUCAACAUACCCUUUUUGUUUUCUACGGCUAUAGCACCGAGACAUUCAUUCAUUCAUUCAUUUGCAUAUUUUCGUCUCCAUGGAGUAGACACUCCUGACUUUCGUCUACCGACACUAUUUUAUACCCAUACAGUUUCUUUUCCAGUUUAUAUUUUCAUCAUGUUUAAUUUUUGGUUUAUUGCAUCUGCUCUCUGGGGAUGUGCCAUGUCAGCGCCUGCCGGUACUGAAGCUCCGGGCACAACAGAUGGUACACUCAUGGAUGAGACCGCAGCACGAGCUCAAGCAAAGGACUGUCAUAACGUCAUGUCGAAAGUCGCGCAAGGCCAAAUAAUUUUCCAAGCAUCCGAUGUUUUCGAAUGUCUAAAAAACGUCCCGUUCAGUGUGGCAAACGCCAAUCGUUUUAUCGAAUUCUACAGUCAGACUUUACAGUAUCAAAGCACACUUGCCUAUCUCGCCAAUCCCCCGCCUGGUUACCAACAACCGCCAGUAAAUAUCCAGGAUGGACUGUCGGCCAUCCAGGCCAAGAUUAACGCUGGCGAAUACACUAGUCAAUACGCCUUCGAAGCCGAGGUUCAUCACCUGAUCAAUCGCAUGCACGACAACCACGUUUCCCUCGAAGCUGGAAUCCUCGCUGCCUUCUCCUUUGCAAGCCCGUACAGUCUCGUUUCCGCUUCGAGCGAUGGCAAGCAGGCACCGGAAAUCUAUCUUUACGAGGAUGCGGUAUUUUCUCAACUUGAAGGUUGGAAUCCAUCACCGAUAACACAAAUCAACGGCAAAGACGCAGUGGAAUACCUGGCUGAGCAUGCUGCUCUCAAUUCCGAAGGCUUUGUGGAGUCCAAUGCCGACUGGAAUUCCCUCAUGGACAGCCCCGUAAGAGAUAUUCAGUUCGGACUGAGCUUGUUUCAGCGAAGCACAUUUUACCCGGGGAAUGAACUAGAUUUCGCAUUCGCUAACGGUAGCACACUCAACACUGAAUGGUUGGCAAUAUAUACGAGCGACAUGAACACUGGCCCCAUGAGUACCCCUGGAGACUUCUUCAACUAUUUCGUAUUGGGCAUGGUGCCCAGUGGUUAUGAUCCUGAGGCGCCGACGCAAUGGUGGUCCGACAACGAUAUCUUGAACGACACAUUGGCGAUUGGGGAUGAACAAUUCAUUGAUGAGUCUGAAGUCGAGCAAGCAGCCCAAGACGUGUUUGGGUGUCCUACCAACAACACUUUGGGCUCAAGCUGGUGCUCUGAAAGUAGUGGCGCAUACCCAAGCGACCCGGUGGUCGCUCAAAGCGGGCUCGGCGUCUCCGGAACCGGCGUCGUAACUGGUUAUAUAUUCGAUGACAUCUCAACUGCGGUACUCAGUAUACCGAGUUUCUUCAUGUUGGACCAAGAAAUAACCGACUUCGAUGCUGCCAUUGAACAAUUCAUUGGUAAUGCCACAGCACGAAAGUCAAAACAGCUCAUCAUCGAUUUACAACAAAACAGUGGCGGAAUGAGUCUACUUGCAUUCACACUGUUCAAGAGACUAUUUAAUGGAUUGGAACCAUACACAGGAAGCCGAAUCAGAAGUCACGAAGCCGCGAACAUUCUCGGGACGGCCUACUCUGAGUGGUGGAAGUCAUUAGAGACGGACGGAACUGCAGCCAACGCUUCUGAUUACCAGAAUCUAGCAGACAAUGAAUGGGUCAUUCACAACCGUAUCAACCCGGAGACGGGAAGAAACUACUCUUCAUGGCAAGAAUAUUUCGGACCAGUGCAAGCCAAUGGCGACAACUUUUCGCGACAGCAACUUUACAAUUUGACUGAUCCAUUGUUCAACGCGGCUCUAUUCGAGUGGUUGCCUCUUGACUUCAUCAACGAAGAUCAUAGUCUCGAAGAAUUUGUGUGGAAUGCAGAAGACAUUGUUAUUCUCACAGAUGGUACAUGCUCAUCAGCAUGCUCCCUUUUCGUUGAACUGAUGACUCACCAAGCUGGAGUACGGACAAUUACUGUUGGUGGAAUGCCAACACCAGGCCCCAUGCAGACAGCGAGUGGAACAAGAGGAGCACGAUUUUACACGGACGGUGAUCUCUUGACCGACUAUGAAUUUCUCAUCGACACAAUUGGUGAUGAGUCGGCCCUGUCGCGCUUACCAAACAGGGACGACACCGGAAUAUUCCUCGACUUCCUUUCAUUCAACAUCCGAGAUCAAAUGCGCGAGGGCGAAGAGAUCCCACUUCAAUUCAAAUAUGAUGCCGCCCAAUGCAGAAUCUACUAUACACUGGGCAACGUCUACAAUAUGACUCAACUAUGGAGAGAUGCGGCAGCGGCAACAUGGGAAGACCCGUCUCUCUGCGUUCAGAAUUCCACCGGAUACGCAACAAGACCUGAUACAACUGAGACAACAAUCAACCCACCACCUGAGCAAAUCCCUCAAGUUCCCACCCUCAACCUCGAGAACGUCAAAGACGCAGGUUUUCUCAUUAACUCCACUGGUGGACUCGUCAAUUUCCCAGUAGUGAAAGGCACGGGCAGAAGAACGAAAAACCCCGGGACAGUCCAAACUGCACCUAGGCCUGUGGCGCCACCCGUGACUGCGCCUGUGACAAGAUGCCGCAAUGCUCUAGAUUGCACUGGAGUCAUCGGCCAGGGGGCGGCAUGCCGGCCAUUCCCUUUUUCAUGCUCAGCUGCAGGACAGACGGUGAGACAGCCAGGCAGCGCUUUAAUCUGUUUUGCACCUCCCGUCAACGGGGUAUUCAAAGGACCAACCACCGCGGCCCAGACGAAUUUUAUCACUGGUGAAUGCCGCGCCGUUGGUCUGGUGCCUUCACCCCCUCCUCCCGCGGCGUCACUUCCGAAAGCGACCAGUCCAAAAGUCGGAGCGCAAAGGCCUCGUCCGAUAUCAAAGCUUAGAACCGGCAGGAUGGCUAGGAUGAGAAGAUGA